GUUUAGUUCUUUGGUUGAAGCAAAAAGGGGGAGAAGUCACGGGUGAGAACAAUCCGAUAAUAAGAAAAAAAGAUUACAUUUUGUUGAAGGAUUUCAAAGUGAAAACUGGAGUUGAUGAAGAAAAGGGUUUUAUUUUAUGCUUCUGGGUUUCUAUCUUCCACCACUACUCUGUAUAUCCCAAAAUCAUUCUUGAACAGGGAAAGACAUUGAUGCUUUUACCAUUUACUUGUCUACACAAUGAAGCUCCUGGUUCUGGAAACACUGAUUUACCAUCGACUGUCGAGAUUGAACAAAAUGGAAACAAAUGGAUAAAUGUCGGAUACGUGGUCUCUUCUGAUUUUGUGCGGCUUUACAUUAAUGGGGAGGUUGCAGGAGAGCUGCAUCUUUCUUCUUUGUUAAACAAAGAUUCCAUACCAAAUGGUUCAAGGAAGAGGGCAUUGAUUGAUAUUCGUGGUGAUAGAAAUUUUCACGCUUUCAUCCAUGACGCAAAAGUCUUGCCUUCAACUUUCUCCAUAAAAGACCAAUAUGUUAAGGUGGCUUACUUGUAG